AUGGGUAUCACCGAGCUUGUUUUUCCCACAUACAAGGCAGAUCCGGGUCUCCAGGCGCAGCUGAAAAACACAGCUCCUGAAAUUUUCAAGCAAUUUCACGGGACCGAAGGUCUUCUCUCACUGUUCCGUGGCAAAAUCCUGGUAGACAAUGGCGUCCCUGUCGACCCAGGAAGCGGCCGCAGUCUUCUUGUCCUGGAAUGGGACCGCGCUUUCUCGUUCCACCGCUUUUACCCAGACUCAGCCCCUUUUCAGAGAUUCGUCCAGCUCAUCAAACCUUUCCUGGCUGGGCCUGUGACACCAGAGCUCUUUGAAUCGCCGGCACGUUCUGAGUUGUGCUCGUCAUCAAGUGUCACUCAGAUCAUCAAGGUGAAAAAGGCCCCCAACACCGAGCAUCUCUGGAAUGAGUUCCAUGCCGCCGUGGCAAACACGACCACGGGAAAUCCGGCGCCGUUCUAUGCGAGCGGGGUUGAAAGUCACGAAGGAGUCUUUCUAGGAAUGGUUGGUUGGAGAUCUCUCGAGGAUUACUACCAGUCGACGAAAAUUGAAAAGGCCACGGGCAUUUUGAAAGAAUUGGGCUCUUCCGGAAAGACGUGUGAUAUUGUGGCACAACUUGAAAGAAUUGAUGUUUGA